GUCCGCCUGCCCCGCCGCGUAAACGACCUCGAUCUAGACUACAGCGUACUGAUAACUUCUCAACGUCCGCACUCGAGUCUGCCUGCACUUCGUAUAUCGCCACUACGUAAUUCCACCAUCGCCCAGGAGCCUUCUACACCGAACCGACCACUGCGGUCAUGGAUACAGACACGCCCAAUCACCCAGCGCAUUCGCACUUCCUCUCUCUUCCUGCCGAACUAAUCCUCACCAUCAUCACGCAUCUCGCAGACGACCGUCCAGCCUUGUGCUCGCUCGCGCAAACAUGUCACUACCUCAAGCCGCUCGCCGAAGAGCAUAUCUACUCUACCAUUGAGCUUCUCUCGACCGACGAUCUGCGCGCCAUCAUUACAGCCUUCUCUCGGGAUCCCCAGCGCGUCGGGGCGGUCAACACCCUCAAGAUUCUGUACAAGCACCACGAUGCGCUGUCCACGACCGUCGAGGAGCGGCAGACGUUCAAUAGAUAUGUCAAGCAGAUGAAGUUGCUGAGGGAUUGGCAUGUAGAGAGCCCGUAUGACAAUUUCAAGUGGGCACACGGAGGGUUCGAAUGGGUUGAUGAGGAUAUGGAGGAGUUCCGACAAUCAUUAGAGAGUGCCGCGCUUCAUUCUGGACAGCCUCUUGUGGAGGAGAUUGGCCUGGCGAAGCUAGAGAAAUUGAUUAUCCAUUCUCACGGCGCCGACACAGACUUCUGGGAUCUCAAAGAUUUCCACUGUCUCUUCCGACAUCCUUCUCUCCGCUACCUACACGUCUCGUGUCUCAAUCUGCCAUCAGACAUUCCCGAAUUGGAACCAUAUGCUGCUCAGACACCUCUCCAAACGCUCAUCUUCGACGAAUGCGAACUGGAACCUCGAAGUCUCGGCCGCAUACUAAGCACGCCGAAGUCACUGAAACACUUGACAUUGGGCGAGAAUGUACACAACAUAAAGAGAGACAGAGGCAUACAACCGAAACUCUCCAACGCUCCGGACGAAGCCAUAGAAGCUCUUGCGCCGGUCGCCCAUUCAUUGGAGACCUUGAUCCACAUCGACCCCAAAUUCAACACCCUCCCCGACCCCUUCCACCCACCGGCUCUCCGCCUCCGCGGCUCAGGCAUGCGCAACUUCCACAAACUCCACUCCCUCGAAUGCGACCGGUGCUCCUUCCUCCACCAAGGCAUCAUCGCCAACCGCCUCCUCGCGCCCCCCAACCUCCAAACCCUCCGCAUGUACAACCCGCGGAAAAUGGACAGCUCCUUCUGGGACGACCUCCCCGAGCACACAUCCUACACGCAACUCCCCUCCCUCCGGCUCCUCGAAUUCAUCGAAACCACCACCCUCCGCACCUCCGCCUUCCUCGCCGACUACGUCGGCGACUUCGACCGCACGCGCGAACGCCACGCCUACGCCUACAAGCUCUUCCAACACAACAUCGACAUGAAGAUGUUCGCCGAAGUGCACCACCACUACGGCCUCAUCCCGCCGUACCUCGACGGCGAGGAGACCCCCGUCCGCCUCUGCCUCUACGACUCCUCGGACAUCGGCUUCCACCGCGUCGUCCAGGACGAAACGCACCACCUCUCCCCCAUCAUCUCCAAAGUCGUGCCCCACCCGGCAUCCGAAUCCGCGUCCGCAGGUUUUGACAUCCACAUCCUCCCCUCGACCUCCUCCCCCGACGACAACCCAGAGGAUCAAGAGGCGAGGGAAACAGACCACCUGUCCAAACGCGACGUCGCGCGCCUCCGCAACCAGAUAUGGCGCACCAUGCAGCGGCACCGCGCGGCGAACGGGCGCGCGCCGCCGGCCAGCAUCACGAUGAACCUCGCGGACGGCGGGGGUGUCGUGCUGGAGCUCGUCACCGACGAUGGGGGCACGGAUGACGAGGAGGAUGACGAGGAUGUCGAUAGCGAUGAUUUGGACUAUGCGGUUUUUGAGGAUGGGGACUUUGAUGAUGAGGAUGAGGAGGAUGAGGAUGGUUUUGAGGAGGAGGAGGAGGGGGGGGAGGAGUUUGAGGACGCGGAGGAGGGGGUGUAUGUUGAUGGCGAUGGUGAGGGUGAGGGUGGUGAGGGUGACGGGACGCCGGCUGGUGUUCCUGUCAUCACUGCUCUUGCGACGUUUACUGCUGCGGACGAUGAUGAAUUGGAUUAAAUUAUGCUGCAAUGUCAUAGUACAUUACUGAUUUACGUAUAUAUACUCUUUCUAUUUUUGCUUUCAGUCAUGUUUUGUACUUUUGUUCGAAGGCGUCGCGGGCGUUCCAGUCCGGUCAGGCCUGUAUGCCGGGAACUUGAUAUACCAUUGGCUCCAUGUCGUUCUGGCGAUGGAAUGGCUGGCGUACGGGCAGAUAAAAAUAUCUUCAAGGAAAGGAUAGGAGGUUGGGGGGUUUAAUGUACGGGUUACUAUGAUUUAGUGGUACUAUGAGAGAGGGAGUAACGAGGGGCGUAAUGUGGAGGAUAUGAUAUCGAUGUCUUUAACGAAUAGAUAGAUAAUGGUAAAGAACAUAAAUGGAU